UGCGGCAAAUAAUGGCCGAUUCACUGCUAAACAAAGUUAGCGUAUGUGUAAUAACUGGACCUACUAGAGGUCUAGGCAGAAGCAUAGCUCAUCAAUUAGCCAGCAAGCUUCCGAAAGGGUCACUUUUUAUACUGUUAUCAAGAAACCAACCAUUAUUAAAUAGUGCAGCUGAUUUAAUAUUAGAGAACGACGGAAUCCGUGCAGUGACCGGCAUCUUCGAUCAGGGCAGCGUUGAUCAAAAUGUUUACGACCAUAUUUUACAAGACUGUUUACAUAAUGCAGAAGCAGAUGCAGGGGAAUUUGAGCAGGCUAUUCUCGUUAAUAAUGCUGGUUCAUUAGAACCUAUUGAAUUUGUUAAAGCUCUCGAUGAUGUUGCUGCAAUUUCGACGUAUUUCAACAGCAAUGUGUCAGGUUGCAUCGCAUUGACUUCCAAGUUCUUGCAAAUUUUUAAUCCAACCACUGUCAACUCCAGAGUCAUUAUCAACAUUUCAUCUUUAGGUGCCAUUUCACCCAUGAAGAGCUGGUUACUUUAUUGCAUGGGCAAGGCUGCUCGGGAUAUGAUGAUGAAAGUUAUAGGAGAAGAAGAGAGCAAUAUGAGGACCCUGAACUACGCACCUGGUCCUCUGGUCACAGAUAUGACAGAUAUUGCUUGCAAAAACACUAAAGAUAUGGAUCUUAGGAACUGGUUUGAAGAGCAGAUGCGGAAUAAGACGUUGGUAGAAUGUGAUGUUUCAGCCCAGAAACUGGUGCUGAUUCUACAGAAAAACACCUUCCAGAAUGGGUCACACAUUGACUACUAUGAUGAGAUUUGAUUUGUUAUUGGUCUGAUCUAGUUUUUACAUUGAGUUUGGACCAAAACACACUGAUCUCAUUGCAACAUGAUUGUCAGUCUUCCUAUUAUCAAGCUUCAUAUGUUUCAAUAGAUAGGUGACAGCCUCAAUAAAUAUAUGACAUCUUCAAUAGGUAGGUGACAGCCUCAAUAGAUAGGUGACAUCUUCAAUAGAUAAGUUACAGACAGCCUCAAUAAAUAUAUGACAUCUUCAAUAGAUAGGUGACAACCUCAAUAAAUAUAUGACAUCUUCAAUAGAUAGGUGACAGUCUCAAUAGAUAGGUGACAGCCUCAAUAAAUAUAUGACAUCUUCAAUAGAUAGGUGACAGCCUAAAUAGAUAGGUGACAACCUCAAUAAAUAGGUGACAACCUCAAUAGAUAAGUGACAGACAGCCUCAAUAGAUAGGUGACAGCCUAAAUAGAUAGGUGACAGCCUCAUUAGAUAAGUUGCCUGAUCUAUUUCGUUCUUCCUUGUACAUUCCACUUGAUUGUAUUUUUACUUUGUGUUUUUUGUUACACACAUGACAUUUGGUUGCCAGAAAUUGUCUGACAUUGUAUUGUAAAUGUCAGAUGACAUUUGAUUCCCAGUUUUUGUAUUCCACUUGACAUUCUAUUCUAAAUUUGACAUUCACAUUUGGUUUUAAUCAGCACACAUGUGAGUACUGUCUAGUUUCUAGUUACUGUAUCCUACAAAAAAUAGUUAGCUAGUGAUAGUUUGCUCUCAACUAUGUGAUUCCUUUCACACUCCCCAGUUCAUAUGACCCCUGAAAUCUGUGUAGAUGACUUAUUUGAACAUAACUUGAACUGUUUAGUUUUGGCUGAUGUUAAUGGAAAAGUUUUGAUUGCUGUUGAGAGAGCUUUGACACCUGAAGAAGGAAAUCUUAUUUAUCUUUCAUGUUUUGUAUAGUUUUAUUCUAGACCUAACAUUUAGUCAGACUGUUAUCAACUGAUGUUACUAGAUCUAGGUGUUGUGAUCCAUUUACAGCUGGUCUAUUCCCUUUUCCUUGAACUUGUCAUAAUUUGCUAUUGUGUAGUCAUUUGUUUUAUACUGCUGUUGUAGGU